AUGCUGCGCUCCAUUUCCCUCUGCGCCUCGCUGCUUCUGGCGUCCGCGCAAGCACAAUAUAGCAACGGCAGCACGCCGCUGUACAAGAACCCCAAUGCACCCAUAGAGGAGAGGGUCGAAGACCUCCUCGGUCGAAUGACCAUCGAGGAGAAGACGUCGCAGCUGGUCCAGGGUGACAUUAGGAAUUGGCUCAAUAUUACCGACGGAACCUUCAACGAGACGGGCUUGCAAUGGAGCAUGCAGAAGAGAGGCGGCUCAUACUACGUAGGACUCCCGAUCUCUUGGGAGCUGCUCAGCGAUCAUGUCAAAAUCGGCCAGGACUACGUAACAGAGAAUACGACGCUCGGCAUACCCCCUUGGGUUCAGAGCGAAGGCAUCCACGGCUUUCUGAUCCCCAAUGGCACGAUUUUCAACUCGCCGAUCGCUUACGCAUGCUCGUUCAACCCGGCCUUGGUGGAGAAAAUGGCAUUAGCUAUAGCGCAGGAGUCACUGGCUCUAGGUGUGAACAACAUCUUUGCUCCUCUGGCAGAUAUCGCGCGCGAACUCCGCUUUGGUCGUGUCGAGGAGACCUUUGGAGAGGACCCCUAUCUCACGGGUGAACUGGCCUACUCCUUCGUCAAAGGUCUGCAAUCCGGUGGAGUAGCAGCAAUGGUUAAGCAUUUUGCUGCCUUUGCAACUCCUGAACAAGGCAUCAACACCGGCCCCGUCCACGGCGGCAAGCGAGAGUUAUUGACGACCUAUCUCCCAUCCUUCAAGCGCGCGAUCAUUGACGCAGAGGCGUUGUCCAUCAUGGGCGCCUAUAGCGCCUACGACGGAGUACCCGCCGUUUCUGAUAGAUACAUGCUGACGGAAAUCCUCCGGGAACAAUGGGGUUAUAAGUACCUCGUCAUGAGCGAUGCUGGCGGUACUGACCGUCUCUGCAAUGCGUUCUUUAUGUGCGAAAAUAACCCGAUUGACUCUGAGGCAGUUGUCAACUUCGCGCUGCCGGCCGGUACCGAUGUGGAGAUGGGCGGAGGUUCUUACAACUAUGAGAAGAUACCGGACAUGGUGGCAUCCGGCAAGCUUUCCCUCGAUGUUGUUGAUGAAGCUGUACGAAGACAACUGCGGGCCAAGUUCAAGAUUGGACUAUUCGAGCGGCCUUACGCGGGUGUUCCAGCAGAGGAGCAGUCUAAGUACAUUAACACGCCCGAGACCAUCGCUAUUGCCCGCGAGCUUGAUGCCGAAUCCAUUGUGCUGCUUGAGAACCACGAGAACGUCCUACCGUUGAGCAAGAGCGCCAAUGUUGCUGUUGUUGGACCCAUGGCUCACGGCUUCAUGAAUUACGGCGACUAUGUCCCCUAUCAAGCUUCCUUGAGGGGCGUUACUCCACUUGAUGGUAUCAAGGCAGCCAGUUCCGGAACCGUAACCUACGCCAAGGGUUGCGAGAGAUGGUCUUCCGACGAGUCCGGAUUUGCAGAAGCCGUCGCUGCUGCUGAGGGUGCUGAUGUUGCUGUCGUAGUUGUUGGCACCUGGAGUCGGGACCAGAACGAGCUGUGGGCUGGCUUGAACGCAACGACUGGUGAGCACAUUGAUACCAAUGAUCUCCAUCUGGUUGGUGCUAUGCCGAAGCUAGUCAAGGCAAUCAUCGACACGGGCAAGCCCACAGUCGUCGUCUUCAGCUCAGGAAAGCCAGUCACUGAGCCAUGGAUCAGCGAUGAAGCUGCGGCCUUGGUCCAACAGUUCUAUCCCUCGGAGCAAGGAGGCAACGCGCUGGCAGACAUCUUGUUCGGAGACGUCAACCCGUCCGGCAAACUCUCGAUUGGAGUUCCCGUCGAUGUGGCCAACACGCCUUCGUACUAUGAUUAUCUCAACUCGGGCCGGUCUUGGCCCAACCCCGGUGAGAUCUACGCCAACGGAAGCAUGAAAUUCGGAAGCAACUAUGUUCUGUCCACACCUAUUCCCUUGUAUGAGUUCGGUUACGGUCUCUCCUAUAGUACAUUCGAUUAUGCGAACCUCGUACUAUCUCAGAGCACGGCGUCGACCAGCGAUACGGUUACCGUCUCGGUCGAUGUGACCAAUAACUCGACACGUGACGGUAGUGAGGUCAUCCAGCUGUAUGUGAAGGAUCUUAUCAGCAGCGUGGUCGUGCCCAACAUCCAGCUCAAGGGCUUCGCUAAGGUCGCUAUCAAGGCCGGCGAGACCGAGACAGUCAAGUUGGAUCUCAAGGUGCAGGACCUCGGUCUAUGGGACAUCAACUACAACUACGUAGUCGAGCCAGGCAACUUUAGCGUGAUCGUGGGAAGUUCCAGUGCAGACCUGAGGGCUAAUACCACCUUGACUGUAGCCUAA